AUGGCUCAAUUGACUGAAUUUGAGAAGCAAAGGCAGCAGAAUAUCCAAAGGAAUAAAGAACUUCUUCGAAAGCUUAAUUUAGACUCCCUUGGUAACUCAUUUGUUGAUGAUAGGUCUAAGAAGCCAAAGCAUCCAGCUAAGAGAAGAAAGCGUAAUGAAUCAAGGCUGCCUAGUAAGGAACACCAUGAACCUACAAGAAGGUCUAGUCGUCUAGCUGGUAUUAAAACUGAGAAUUCAGAAGAAUAUAAGAAGCACCAGGAAGAGUUGGAAGAGGCAGACAGGCGAAAGAAAGAAAUUGACAAAUUGAGACUGACAAGAUUGUAUGGCAACUUUAAACUUAUUGAUUUGAUUACAGAUCGUAAACUGGGUGGAUUGAAGUUUGAAGAUAAAGUUAUAAAGACAGAGGGUGAUGUCAAGAAAGAAGGAACACCGCUGUUAGAAGAUAAUGAAAAAGAUAUCAACAUAGCCGACGAUAACAAGGUGUUGGGAAUUUUAAAAGAGCUCGGAGGGAAAUUUUCAACUGGUGAUUUCUAUGAUAUUAUUAGGAAAAACCCCUUAGAAUGCAACGAUAGCCUCCUAGAGUCUAAAAGGAAAGAGUUUGAUGAUUUAAAGAUUUACGGACGAUUUGAUCCCCUUGAUAUUAAAAUAACGCAUAACAGAAUUACUGCAAUUAAUUUUCACCCCACAGAAACUGACAGAAUUAUAUCUGCUGGCGAUACUUCUGGACACCUAGGCAUAUGGGCCGUUGACUCUUCAAAAGAUGAAGAAUGGCCCCUAAUCACUAUUUUAAAACCGCAUGGGAGAAAUAUUUCACGAGUUUUGACUUCCUCUAAGUCUCCUUCAAAAAUAUUUUCUAGUUCCUAUGACGGCUCCGUUCGACAACUUGAUCUUAAUAAGCUAGAGUCAAGUGAAACUGUUUAUUUAAGCGACCCAUACGAAUCAAAUGAUUAUCCUUUGGGAGUUUCAGAUAUUAUGUUUCCCCUGGACAAUCCUAAUUUACUUUAUAUGACGACGUUGACGGGAAAUUUUUAUAGGCAUGAUUUAAGAACAGCUUUCAAAUUCACUGAAAAGGCAUCUUUAUUGAGACUUCAUGACAAGAAGAUUGGCUCAUUUAGCAUUAAUCCGAAUGUUUCGUAUCAAAUUUCAAGCGCAUCACUCGAUAGAACGUUGAGAAUAUGGGAUUUAAGAAAUGUAUCAAAAUCCAAUGGAACGUGGUCAGAAUUCGAAGAUCAGAAGUCUCCACUUAUUUGCGAUAGUUACUCGUCAAGGCUUUCCAUCUCGUGUGUUGACUGGAGCUCAAGUAAUAAAUUAGUGUGUAACGGCUAUGAUGAUACUAUAAACCUAUUUGAUUUAAAUGAUUCUAUUAUGACCAAUUCUUCGAAAGAUCUCCUGAAGAACUCAAAGCUGCAAUUGAAGGAGGAUCCUGACAGUUCGUUGAUUCCAAACAGUUUGAAGCCGUUCAACAGAAUUAAGCAUAACUGUCAAACCGGGAGGUGGGUAUCAAUUUUGAAGUCUAAAUGGCAAUCUUUACCUAACGAUGGUAUUCAAAAAUUUGUGAUUGCAAAUAUGAAUAGAGGUUUAGAUGUCUAUGAUGACAACGGCUCGAUAUUGGCUCAUUUGACAGAUCCAGAAAAACUAGGAGCCGUUCCAGCCGUUAGCACCCUUCAUCCAUCCAAAAAUUGGGUUGUUGGCGGAAGCGCUAGUGGAAAGCUUUACUUAUUUGAAUAA